AGGGGCAAAGCGCGGCAGAAUUUGUUCACGAGGUGCGGCGGGCGCUCCUUCUUCUCAUAUUCAUCGACGACGGGUUUGAGAACAAAUACGAUAGAGGCCUUGCAAUCCCUUCGCAACUGUUCCUAUUGGAGAUCCCUUCUCUUUUUGCUUUUUGUUAAUAACGUCGCUAUAUUUGUCUGAUCACCCUAUCAGGAUGUCUGGACUUCAGGCCAUUCGAUACUCGAGGGGGAAGUUGGAGGUUCUGGACCAGCUGCGUCUGCCUCACGAGCACCACUAUGAUCUCGUCAGCACUGCCGAGGAAGCCUUCGACUGCAUCAAGUCGAUGAGAGUGAGAGGUGCUCCCGCUAUUGCCAUUGUUGCUGCCCUCGCCCACGCAGUCGAGCUGCACAAUGGCAGCUGUGGUACAAGCUCCGCCGAGGACACAGUAUCCUACAUUGACUCUCGCCUAGACUACCUCUUCCUCAGCCGCCCAACGGCAGUCGACCUCGGCAACGCCAUCACCAGUCUCAAGGCAGUCAUCCGUGAGCACAGCUCACAAGGCAAGGACGCCAUUAUCGCCGCCUACAUCGCGGCCGCCGAGGAGAUUUUCCGCAAGGAUACCGAGACUAAUCUGCUCAUUGGCGAGCACGGUGCCAAGUGGCUCAUGGCCAAUGCCCCGAUCAAGUCGGCCGAGGAUAAGGUGUCUGUUCUGACGCACUGCAACACUGGCUCGCUUGCCACUUCCGGCCACGGCACUGCUCUGGGCAUUAUCCGCUCACUCUUCACCGGCGGCGACCUCCAUCACGCGUUCUGCACCGAGACCAGGCCAUACAACCAAGGCAGCCGGCUCACGGCCUUUGAGCUUGUCUACGAGGGGAUCCCUGCUACGCUCAUCACAGAUAGCAUGGCCGGCGCUCUCUUCGCGACCAGGAAGCAGGAGUCCAGCAUAGCGGCGGUCAUCGUGGGCGCCGACCGGGUUGUCAGGAACGGCGACACGGCGAACAAGAUCGGCACCUAUGCGCUUGCCGUCCUCGCGCGGCACCACGGCAUCAAGUUCAUCGUCGCUGCUCCGACGACUUCGAUCGACCUGCAGACGGAGACAGGCUCUGCCAUCAAGAUCGAGGAGCGCAAGCCCGAGGAGCUCACGCAAAUUACCGGUGCCGUUGUCGGCACGGACGGCAAGGUUGACAUUACCCGCUCCGAGCGGGUAGCGAUUGCGCACCAGGAUGUCGGGGUGUGGAACCCAGCAUUCGAUGUCACACCUGCUGAGCUCAUCGACGCCGUCGUCACAGAGAAGGGCGUCGUCGAGAAGGGCGCUAGUGGUGUCUUUGACUUCCGCGACAUCAUGCCAGAGCGAUGGGCGGCCGUUGUGAAGGCUUAGUGUUGCGGCCAAGCUGGAAUUAGACUC